AUGAAAGAUGGAAGACUAUUAUUAGAGGAGCUUCUUGUGUUUUGCAAUGGAAAAAGCAAUCCAAUCUGUAUCUUCUUUGCCAAAGAGCUUAGAAGAGCAACAAACAACUAUGACCAACGCCAAUGUUUUCUGCAGGAUGUUGUUUUUGAGUUUUACAAGGGUUAUCUGGAAGGUCAUUUAAUCUCAGUCAAGAAGCUUAGAGAUGAAAAAAAUUUUGUUAGUAAAGACAUUGCAGUUGAAGGCAUUCUUCAACAAUGUUCUAAGGCUCUCUGGUUGCUGCUUGGAGCCUUGGAGACUAAAAAUCCAACUCUAGUGUAUGAAUUUGCAGGUCACAGCAUUCUCUCCAACCGUAUAUAUGAGACUCAUAGAGACCACUUUAAGCCAAUACCAUGGAAGUUUCAGAUAAGGAUUGCAAGGGACAUGGCUAAGGCAGUAGCAUAUCUCCAUACCACAUUUUCCAGGCCCAUCAUCCAUAGAGACAUUAAUUCCUCCAAAUUCAAAUUGGAUGAGAACAAUAUGGUCAAUGUAGAAGAUGCUAUAUGUAGCAGAAUAGGUUAUGCUGCACUUGAGAAUGUGGUUACAGGCUAUUUAACUGAGAAGGCUGAUGUGUGUAGUUUUGGUUUGUUUCUAUUUGAGCUUUUGGCUGGAAGGAGGUUUGGCAUUUCUUGCUGUAAUGAUGAAGCCCUUCAACCAGAUUGA